AUGUCAAAGGAAGGAGAUCGACCUGAAGGCGAUCAAAUUCCCUCCCAAACUUCAACUCCAAUUAACAACUUAGAAAACGCAGAAAAAGAAAAAAAAAAUGAAAAAUUAGAAAAUAAUCAAAAAAAAGAAUCAAAUGAAUCCGUUCAAGACUCCACUCAACCAGAAUCGAGUGCACAAUCAACGAUUGAAUCCCAAUCUGAUCCAAAGCCUUACGAACCGAUUGACUAUAAAAAAUUUUCCAAAAAGUACGCGAAUGCAAACUCUAAUGCAAACGGAACUCCGAAACCAGAUACUAUCAAUAGUAAAAGUGGUGAUUUAAAUGCAAACUUCAAGAAACCACCACCAAAAAUUCAUCCUACCAUUUCGCAAAGGUAUAAGGAAGCACAAGAGCUUCAACCAAUAGCCCCUGAUCAGUUCCGUAUCACUGACAUGGAUUCUAAUAAUAUGAAAAUGUCUUUUCCAGACUCACAUAUAACGGAAAUUUUCAAAUUUCCCAUAGUUAAUUUUCGAGCUGCUAACAAAAAAGUAGCAGUCGAUGAAUUUUAG